AUGGAAGCUUACUCAAUAGAAGUGAAAAAGCUAGCCAUGACCAUCUUGAGGCAAAUGGCCAAGGCUAUAAAGAUGGAUGAUGAGGAGAUCACAGAACUAUUCACUGAUAGGGUCCAAACAAUAAGAAUGAAUUACAAGCCUCCAUGCCCACAGCGAGAUAUGGCCAUUGGCAUCACUCCUCACUCUGAUGCAGAUGCCCUAACAAUUCUUUUUCAGCUCAAUGAAACGGAGGGCCUCCAGAUUAGGAAAGAUGGGAAAUGGGUGCCUAUAAAACCACUUCCCAACGCUUUUGUAGUCAAC